UCUUCCUCUUCCUGCAGUUGCUGCUGCUGCUUCCUCAUCCCUGCCACCUGCACCAUGCAGCCCCCUCACCUCCUCCUCUUUCUUCCCCUCCUCCUCCCCGGGAUGUGGGCAGACCCAGAAGCAGAGCCACAGGUUCUCCAGUACCUCCUGACCGGCCUCUUUGCUGACAUGACCUCUGCUGAGGUGUCAGCGAUGGCAGUCCUGGGGGAUGUGCCCAUCUUUGCACUGGAUCCUGCGAACUGGAGCGUCCACUUCCACUGGCCCUGGGUCAGCCAGGCUGCGGCCGAGGGUGACACCAAGAAGCUGAUGUCCCAAAGCCAAAUUGCUCUGCGCAAUGUGGUCCGAUAUGUGCAUGACAAAGUCCAGCAGACAGAAAUGGACUACCCUCUGGUGGUCCAAAUCCGUGCGGGCUGUGAGCUGUACCCCAACACAUCCAGCUGGGGCUUCCUGCGUGUCAGGGAGGGUGGCAAAGACCUUGUAGCUUUUGAGGUGGAUGAAGAGUGCUGGGAGAUGCAGCAGCCAUCCCAGCUGGCAGAGCAGGUCAGCAGGGACCUAAACAGAAAGACGUCCAUCAAAGUGCUCCUGGAGCACCUCCUGUCCUUCAUCUGCCAGAGCCAAAUCCGCACUCUGAACAAGUAUGGGAGGGCCACUCUGGAGAGACAAGAGCUGCCCGUGGCCACGGUCU